AUGGAGGAGAAGACAGACAAGUCGACAGGCGUUCUGUACCUGAUCGGGCUGGGGUUGAGCACCGAGCAGGACAUCACAGUGCGCGGCCUGCAGGUUGUGAAACGCUGCAAGCAUGUGUAUCUUGAGGGAUACACGUCGAUCCUCGGGGUAGAGAAGAGCAAACUGGAGGAGUUCUACGGGAGGGAGGUGGAGCUGAUGGACAGAGAGGCGGUGGAGUCGAACUCAGAUGAGAUGUUGCUUGCAGCGAGGACGGCAGAGGUUGCGUUUCUUGUUGUUGGAGACGUGUACGGAGCGACUACACACACUGACAUCGCCCUGAGAGCGAAGGAGAUGGGCAUCAGAGUGGAGGUCAUUCACAACGCGUCCAUCAUGAAUGCUUGUGGAGCGUGCGGCCUGCAGCUCUACAACUUCGGGCAAACAGUGUCACUCUGCUUCUGGACAGAGAGCUGGCAGCCUGACAGCUACAUCGACAAGAUCCUGCUGAACAAGAGGAACGGCAUGCAUACCCUCUGCCUGCUGGACAUCAAGGUGAAGGAGCAGUCGGAGGAGAAUUUGAUCAGGGGCAGGAAAAUCUUUGAGCCUCCUCGGUUCAUGACGGUGAACCAAGCUCUCGAGCAGCUCGAGCAGAUCGUCAGGAGGAGGGAAGAUGUCAGGGACGUGCUGGACCUCAGGUCGACCUGUGUUGGACUUGCCAGGGUCGGGCAGGAGACUCAGUGCAUCGCCUCGGGCCCACUGGAGGAGCUGAAGAGUUUUGACUUCGGCCCUCCUCUCCAUUCCUUGAUCAUUCCUGCCGAGAUGCACCCGCUAGAGAUCGACAUGCUGAGAUCCUUCAACGUGAAACAGUGA